AUGUUGUCCAUAAUCGUCGCGGUUUUCGCUAUUCUUACCGCUGCGCAAAGCACACCCUGGCCCAACUUCGGCAACUGGACCGAGGAAUUCGACGGUCACCCAUACAUCCUCUCAGGCCCAAAGACCCUAGGAAAGAAAAUCGACUUCGAACUCGAGCGAUGUCACUACGUCCUCAAACUACUCAACGAGCGCACACACGUCCCAAACAGCCAGAUCCCGCUGCCAACCCCAGGCUCCCUCUGUAUGGACAUCCUCGCCAAACGGAAAGCUUCCAUCGGCGACCGGGGCUUUCUCGAGCUCUUCUCCAAAGAUAUUGAAGAUGCCAAACAGUUCUGGUAUGACGUCAACUCUAAUUCCACGCUACAGGACCCAGCCACGUGGAAAUCGGUCGAGUGUCGUGCCCUUGUACCACUUCCCAAUGUCAACGCCUGGGCCUUUUCGACGUGGUCUGCCUCACCUCUCGCAGAUGCUGCUAACAAUCGCGGCAACGCGGAGCACUACUUCAAGAAGUCGACUUACGCUGGAGGAGGAGCGACUGGCACAUCGCGGAUUCUGGAGAGCUGGGGCGGGGUGGUGACCAACUUUAGUAUUCCCAACUACAGCCCACGAACUUGUGCGCAGAGACCGAUGGUGCGCCUGCUUCCUGAAUUCCGACUCAAGGCUUGCGGUGACAAGAACCUCGUAGACGGCAAGAAUACUCGAUUUGGGGUGUUGAAUAUCGCUGCGAGGGAUGUCAGUGUGGCUGGGAAGAGAUAUCUUGAUAUCUAUGCCUCCGUGUGGUAUGGCAGCGGUAUCUCGGAGGAUCACCUCGAGGCCGAGAGGCAGCAUAUCAUUAUUGAGAUUGUCAACUUGAGUCUGCAGGCUCAGGAAGAUGUGAAGAAAUCGUACACCGUCGGAUGGAUUUGUGCUCUCCCUUUGGAGAUGGCAGCCGCAGAACUCAUGCUCGACGAAAUUUACGAGGACGUUCAAUUCGAGCAGGAGGAUGGUGACCACAACAGCUACACUCUAGGUCUAAUGCAAGGCCAUAGAGUAGUCAUCGCCUGUCUACCAAAUGGUGUUUACAGAACAAACCCGGCCGCCACAGUUACUAAAGACAUACUCCGGACUUUCAAAUCUAUUCGAUUCGGUCUACUCGUCGGGAUCGGAGGCGGAGCGCCCUCGCCAGGUCGUGAUAUUCGACUUGGUAAUAUCGUCGUUAGCAAGCCUACUAGCACCAGUGGAGGUAUCAUCCAGUAUAACCGGGGGAAAAAAAGAAAGCUUGAGGAGUUUAAACGAACAGGCUCGCUUAAUGCGCCGCCCACGGCGCUUCUAACAGCUCUCAGCAGCCUCCAAGCUCGUCACUUACGCGGUGCCAGCAAGACCCCUGGGUUCCUUUCCGAGGCGGUGGAAAAAAUCCGAAAAGCAUCAUUUCGACAGAAGUAUACUUAUCAGGGCAGAUCCAACGACUGCUUGUUCCGAACAGAGUACGAGCAUGCCAACGCCGGCUCUAGCUGCAACGAUUGCGAUGACUGCGAUAAUUCGCAAAUUGUGGAGCGGAUCGAUAGAGACGACGAUGACCCAGUGGUUCACUACGGUAACAUCGCCUCGGCGAACCAAGUCGUGAAGGAUAGUGAGACCAGAGAUCGACUGAGUAAGGAGCUUGGGGUGAUUUGCUUUGAGAUGGAGGCAGCAGGGCUGAUGAAAGAUUUUCCCUGUCUGGUAGUUCGUGGCAUCUGCGACUAUUCGGACAGUCACAAGAACAAAAGAUGGCAGGAUUACGCCGCUGCAACCGCGGCGGCAUAUGCGAAGGAUCUUCUAUCCCGGAUGCUUCCCAGCAACGUCAAGAAGGAGAAGCUCAUAGCUUUUGGCAAGUAG